AACCACAACAAUUACUUCCUAAUCAACCACUACUAGGACCUAUGGCUCAACCUAAUCAACAAAACUUUCAGGAACUUACUGAUACUCUCACACAAUUGAUUGCUGCUCUGCCCAACACUACUAAUGCCUUGACUAACAAUACCAACGCUAUCAAUAAUCCUCCCAGAAGAGAGGCUCGAGUGAUUGAUUUACCCUACUUUUACG